UUGGAAUGUUGGAUUUGACGGCAAUUAUUUUGUAGCAUAUGUUAUGACCCAGUACAGUAUGGCUACACAGUCAUUGUGUGUUGAUGCAAGUGAAGAGACAGAACAGUAACAACUGGUUACACGUCGUCCAGCGCUAGCCCUGGCCUGGAUUCAGCGGCAGGAGAUAGGCUAGUGAUACUGAGAUAGGCAUUACAGUACUGGACUGUUCAGGGUUGUGCUGCAGACUGGCUAAACAUUGUAUAGCAAAAAGGCUGGAUCAGCCGAGGAAUUGUUGGUUGCUUGGAUUUGUCAGGCUACCGCUGUCAGUUGCAAUCAGCUGCUCAUUGUUGUCCCCCGCCGUCUAGUCUGGUAAGAUCUAGAUUGUGCGUUCUGUAACCUGUGACUGACUGUGGAGUGUGGACUGUGGAAUUUGUGAGAAUUCUAGGACUUGAGAUCGCUGUCAACGACCCAGACAAGUUGAUCAGUAUCGACCCGCUAGUAGCAAUGACAUCACCCUCGAUAUCACCUCGUAUUAUGGCAAUGAAAUCAACAUUGGCAUCACCCCGUCACACAGCAAUGGAAUCAGCAUCGGCAUCACCCCAGCAAUCGGCUGUGCCAUCAACAUCGGCAUCAUCCCAUCACACGGCUGUGCCAUCAACAUCGGCAUCACCGCGUCACUCGGCUGUGCCAUCAACAUCGGCAUUACCCCGUCACUCGGCUGUUCCAUCAACAUCGGCAUCACCCCAUCAUACGGCAAUAGUAUCAACAUCGGUAUCAUCCCAUCACAUGGCUGUGCCGUCAGCAUCGGCAACAGGCCGACACUCAGCAAUGACAUCACCACAUCAUCACACAGCAUUGUCAUCAGCAGUAUUACCUCACCAUGCCGUCGCGACGGCAUCACCAUCAAUAUCACCUCGCCACACGGCCGUUCCGUCAGCACCGACAUCACUCCGUCAAGCGAUAAUAACAUCACCAUCGACAUCAUCCCGUCACACGGCAAUGGAAUCCGCAUCGGUAUCUACCCGUCAUGCAUCAAUGGCAUCAACAUCCGCACGGCCCCGUUAUGCAGCAAUGGCAUCACGACAUCACACAAAAUUGUCAUCAUCGGUAUCACCCCAUCAUGCCGCCGCGACGACAUCACCCCGCCACUCAGUUAUGACAUCAUCAUCAAAAUCACCCCACCCUGCAGCAAUUACAACACCGCUACCGACAUCAACCCAUCGUGCCGUGACAUCAUCCCAUCACCCAGUUACGUCAUCAAUGACAUCACCCCAUGCUACAGUGACAUCAUCGUUGAAAUCACCUAACCAUGUCGCAGUAUCAUCAUCAUCACCCAGUCAUGCACCAAAGCCGGUGCCAUCAUCAACAUCAGCGCGUUAUGAGCCCCCGAUGGUAUCAUCACCCACCGGUAUUGACCCCUACGCAGAGGAAAACAAAGACUUUCCGGGCAUACCCAGGCGUCCCACAACGCGACGCAAGAAGCUCUCGGACAAGGAGUUAGAGUUUAUUGAACGGUAUCAGCCACAUCGCAAAUCUGAAGACCUGCCCGAAUCCCCAGAAGCUGUACUUCUGCCACAUAUACGCCUUCAGCAACAACAACAAGACCAAGAACAACGACGCCGCAUAAAAUCCAGGCUCGCGCGAAAGGCAAAACCCCCACCAGCGGAAGCAGCACCUCUGCCAGAUCAGGGCGAAAUUGCACGGGCUGAGGCGGAGCUGGAUAAGGCACUUGGUUUUCUGCGAGAGCGCCUUGAAGAGAUCCGCGUCAUGUGCAAGGGCAAGCUCAGCGCGGCUGACCGGGAGGACGUGCAGGAGAAGAUCGCAGAGCUACGGGAAAAGAUUCUGCUCGGCAAAGAGGAUUUCCACGGCAAGCUCAACUACCUGAGCGCAACGGAAAAAAAGAAUCUGAAAAGGGAGACGGUGAGUUUCCUGGUGGAGCACCGUCAAAGACUCGCAGAACUCCGCAGACCUCGCUACGUUAGACAGAAGAAUAUCUGGUACGAACCGGUCUACAAGCAUGCUAUGACACGGGUUAUAUUCCCUGAUGACCUGGCCGAGUACGACAGACCCAGGUAUCCUGAACCUGAGCCGCCAACUAAUGUCGAGAAGAAGGAGAAAUCCCGCGGCCGCGCAGCCACCACCAGGAAGCCUAGACCAAUGCAGUGUCAAAGUGCUAAAGCCUCCUCACUGGCGCAGACACCGUUCCCACGCUGGAAACAAAUCGUUGUAGAAGACGCAUCUGACUUGAAUCAACCGCACCAAGCGCACAACUAUGGUGAUAGCACAGCUUUGUCUCGACAUGGGAGCACUCUGUCGGACUACUCCAAGAAGCUAGCUGAUUCAAUCAACCAUCCGCAGGAUACCAAGCAAUCACUGCAGCACACGACCAAUAGUCAUCACAGACCAUCAACCAAGGCUCAGGCUAGACGGAAGAACUUUGCUCAAUCCUCUCAAAGCACCCGAGAUUCUCAGAAAGACGGGAAACAGUCGCAGGCCGCAGCACAUGUUGACGGUGCCAGGCAGGGCUUCACUCUGCCAAGCAUAGACCUGAAGACCGACACACUGCUCGCUCCCAGGGCCAUGCCAAUAAUGGCGGAUCUGGAACUGUCGCCGAUGCUGGAUGACGAUAUCUCUAGCAUCAGCUGCAGUGAUGACUUUGAUGAUUACUAUGAGGACGGGGGCGCCAUGCCGGAUGCUUGGUCCAAACGCGGGUACAAGGUGCCCACACAACAGCGCAAACCUGAAAUCGGUGCCAGCCCCAAGCACGCCAAAGCUCAACGGAAACCCAGGCCUGGUCCGGCUGAUACGAAUUCUGCAUCUGCCGUCGCGCCGGAACAAGAACCAUUCUGGAAGAGUAACCUGCGCUGCAGCAACGUGAAUCGGCAGGGAAGGAGAACCCUGGAAUCGUCGCAAACUCGCGAUAAACCUCUGGAUGGGCAGAACAUGUGUUUCCGUCAGCGUGCGGUGCGUGUUCACCACACGGCGCAUGACCAUGCGACCAUCCACCAUGAGGCACACCAGCAGCUGCUGCGCCAGGCCAGCCAGAUCAAGGCCAUCAAGGCCAGGAUCUUCAAGCAGAGCGAUGACGACAUCAUCCUCCCGCAGCACGACGACAAUCAUAUCGACGUUGAGGACCAGCUGUACGAGAGCUUAAAGGAAUCACACGAUGCGGCGGCGGCAGCUGCGGCGGCGGCAGAGGCAGCUGCAGUCGCCGGCUUGAAGGACGAUGGGGGUAAACACGGUCGGAAAAUGAUCCACGGCGCUAACCACAUGGACUGGGUGAAGAGAAUGUGCCGGGAGAGAUUCGAGGCCGAGUGGGAUGGCAACGCGGCGGGCGAGGCGGCUGACAAACGUCCGUACGCCGCUUGCGAGAGUUUCGCCGAUGUGUUGAACAUUGCCCGUAAAGAGUCCAGCGUUCAGAUAGCCGAGAUACAGGAACAGGAGGAACUGCUGAACAACGACGAAAUACAAGAUCCAGACAUCGAGGCCUAUCUGGAGAGGGCCGUUGAGCUGACGGGGCGGGUGUUGACCAAGCGUGAGAAGCGUCUUAUACGUGGUCUUUGUCGUGACGCCAAGUAUAAUCAGUUCUACUACAACUUGCCCGAUUUCUUCAAGCAGGAGAGACCCUAUGGACUGGGGGAGAUCAUAUGACCGCACAGACUAUUGGACUUAUAAGGACAAAUUUUCGCUCACGAAAUCUUUCAUUAGAUCAUUCCACCAGCAGGCUUGUUACGUACUAAAUUUCGUUUUUGGUCGAGGUCUGUCACCCCGAACGUUCAGAAAAAAACUUUAGUUUUGUACAAACUUUUAGUAGUUAUUUCGUGCCCCUAACGAAUAUAGCGAAAUUUAAUUCCAAACGAAAAUUAAUUUGUACUUAUACAGUAGUCAACACGAAAACAGAUCAUGUGACUGCUUGUAGUCAACGCACACCCAUGCACGCCCACACACGCCCACGCACACAUACAUACACACACAUGCACAUUGUUCGUACACACAUGCACAUUCUGUGUAAAGAGAUAUUGGGUGGUUGCAAGGGACCACCCAAAAAUGUAAAGAAAUAUCUUCCACUUGUUAACACCUACAUUUGCCGAACGGACUCUGAGUGGAGUUGAAGAGUUUCUUAGGAAACAUUUUUUUUAAAUCAGGACUAUAGUACUUACCGUCCGCUUUCACCAUUGUAUCUUCGCACAAGAAAAUGUGCAAUCGGAUGCAACUACAGUAUGUAUAUG